AUGGCAAGUGAGGAAGAGAGUUUUCUUGUGUUAGUGCAUUGCUCUGGAAAAAUUAAAAGAAGCAAAAAAUAUGAUGUCAAGUUCACCGACAGAGAACCGUUGAGUGUAUUCAUCAGUUCAUCAAACACUUUGUCCGAUGUAAAGAACAGCAUCUUGCAGAAGCUUGGGGUAUUUGAGAGCAAGUGGGUGAAGAAGCUAUUCUACAAGAUUCCAAUCGCAGUUGUGUCGACCGGUGUUAAGUAUGAUACGUUUGUGCUAGAGGCUGAUGAAGAUAUUAGGGUUCUGUUUCAUUGUGUUAGGAGUUUUCCGGAGGUCAGAAUACACGAGCUGUAUGCGAAGUUGGAUGUUGGUGUCGAUAGUUCUGGGAUAUCAGCUCCAGUUCAUAGCUCGACUACCGCCGGCAGUGCGUCUAGUUUGAUGCCUGCGGCCGGGCCAUCUGUUCUGCAGGUUGCAUCCCCUUCCUUUGCGGCUGAUUUAGAUCGAACGGAGGCAGUUGGUUCUGUACCGUUGGAGAAUCUUGGGGUCUGGCAGCAGGCAUUUGAGGCGGAUACCGGUGGUGGCAUAAUUCAUGAAGAACAAGGCUUCGGGGAACCUGAUCGAGUAGAGAAUGCAAUGCAGGACGAUGACUCUGACCAGGAGCCUGUAGAUAUCAUUGGGGACAGUGAUGAUGACAUAGGUCCCAAUCCACAUGCACAUCAUAGGCCUUUAAGUUCUGGCACACAGCAGUACCUUUCACACUUCUCUACUCUAAACUUGGAGGCUCUGGGUCAACAGGCGGACGGAGAUGAAGGUGUUCUGAGUGUGAAGGACUAUAGCAUCCGUCGAGAUUUUGAGUACCGAGUCUUGGAAUCGGAUCAUCUGAAGUAUCAUGGAAAAUGCAAGGAGUUUGACAAGGAUUGUAGUUGGUUGAUUCGGAUAUCACUUCGUGCAGGAAAGGGCACUUGGGAGGUUAGGAGGUACAACGGUCCGCACACUUGCUUGGCCACCUCCAUUUUCAGUGAUCACUGUCAGCUUGAUUACCACGUUAUCUGUGCGAAGAUUUUUCUGUUGGUUAGGGCGGAUGCUGCGGUAACGAUAAAGGUCUUGCAACAAGCAACCGAAGCUGAUUAUGGGUUCAGGCCUAGUUACAGAAAGGUUUGGAUGGCAAAAUAA